UUGAUUACGUCAGAUAAGAUAGCUCACAAUGAAAUUCCUUUCACUCAAACUUUUAGAAAGUAUACACAAGUGCAGUACGCGUCGGAGCCCCUUUUUAAAUGUUUUAACCCCACUUAUCGCCCCCACAACACACACCAUGGGCUGUUCCACGUCCAAAGUUGAAGUUUCGCGCUCCACGAGCAAGGAUGAGGACUACGUGGAGGGCGUCGUGUGCCAGGACUCCGACAUUGCCGAGAACGAGAUGAAGAGUUUCGAGCUGGGCGAAGGCCGGGUGCUCCUGGUGCGUCAGAAGGGCAAGUUGAGUGCAAUCGGGGCCAAAUGCACGCAUUACGGGGCCCCCUUAGCUGCGGGGGCGCUAAGCGACGGCCGCGUCAGGUGCCAGUGGCACGGGGCCUGCUUCAACAUCCUCACAGGGGACAUCGAGGACUUUCCAGGUAUGGACUCGCUCCCUUGCUACCAAGUGACCGUCGAGAACAACUCGGUCAAGGUCCGUGCCAAACGCUCCGAACUCGAGACGAAUAAACGCGUAAAAUCCAUGACAAAACGCAACCCCCACGAAUCCCAACACAUUGUCGUUAUCGGCGGAGGCCCCUCGGGGGCUGUCUGCGUCGAAACUCUCCGCCAGGAAGGUUUCUCCGGCCGAAUAACUCUCGUCUGUAAAGAAAACUGUCUCCCAUAUGACCGAGUCCUCGUCAGCAAAGCCAUGGAUUUCGACCUUUCGAAGGCCCAAUUUCGCACCGAACAAUUCUACAAAGACAACGGAAUCGAAGUAUUAAAAGGCGUCGAGGCAACUGGAGUCAACACCACGCAAAAAUCGGUGAAUUUAAGCAACGGAAACGUUUUGAAUUACGAUAAGUUGUAUGUGGCCACCGGAAUGAAGGCCAAUAAGGUGGCUAUUCCGGGGGCCGAUUUGCAAAAUGUCGUGAUUCUGAGGAAUUACGAUGAUUCAAAAGCGACCAAUGCGCUGAUUCGGGAGGAUUUGAAAGUGGUUGUCUUGGGGUCCAGUUUCGUGGCGCUUGAAGCGGCGGCCUAUUGCGUGGAAAAGGGGGUUAAAAACGUCACGAUUAUCGCUCGAGGGAGUGUGCCUUUUAAACCGUUCCUGGGGGAGGUCGUAGGGGGCGCUUUCAAGUCGUUUUUCGAGGAGAAGGGAGUCAAAUUCAUCAGUAAUUCCGGUUUAAGUAAGUGUCUCGAUGAUGGGACCGGGAAAGUGACAAAAGUCGAGUUGAAAGAUGGGUCAACUCUCGAGGCUGAUUUAGUGAUUAUGGGGGUGGGUAGUAGUUGUCUCACUGAUUUCCUCAAAGGGUCAGGGAUCGAGCUACGCCCCGAUGGGACAAUCGAAGUGAACGAGUUUUUGCAAAGUAACAACUCCGAUGUUUACAUCGGGGGGGACAUCGCAUACGCCCCCGUGUGGUCGCAUCAUGAUCAGAAAGCUGCCAUCGGGCAUUACCCCCUCGCUCAUUAUCAUGGCAAAAUCGCAGCGUUGAAUAUCCUAGGAAAGGGGAAAAAAUUACAAGCCGUCCCUUAUUUCUGGACCAAAUUAUUUGGGAAAAGCUUGAGAUAUGCCGGACAUGGAAAAUUCGACGAUGUUGUUUAUAUUGGGGAUGUUAACAAGUUCAAAUUUGUUGCUUUUUACUUAGAUGGGGAUGAAGUCGUAGCGGCGUCUUCUGUGGGUUGGGACCCCGUUGUGUCACAAUUUGCCGAAGUCCUAGCCCUUGGCAAAACACUCCACAGGAAGGACGUACAAAACGACGAUAAAUUUACUUGGACCAAAUUGUUGCAAAGUACUUAAAAGGGCCUGUGAUUGAAGCCACACAGUAUUUUAUUUUUCUAAAUGAUUUAUUUACAGUUUUAUAGUGUUGUGUAACUAAGAAGUCUAAUAAAUGUUAUGCUUACUAA